UUACGUGCGCGUGAACGACUGCUACUUCCUGGUCGCUGUGUCAUAUGACUCCGUCUGUUCAUCCGUUUUCAGUGCCGAUCUGUUUACAGACAGACGCUUGAAUUAAUUCAGAGGAAAAAUAACAACAAUGUCUACAUUAUUAGCAAACCGGCCCGUGGAUCUCAACGGCCCUGAAGCGGCGGCACGAGAGCACGCACAGGCGGUUGUCAGAAACUACAUUUCCCAACCCAGACUGACCUACUCUACUGUGUGCGGUGUUAAUGGACCGUUGGUCAUCUUGGACAAUGUUAAAUUUCCACGGUAUGCAGAGAUUGUGCACUUGACCUUACCUGAUGGGACCAAGAGGAGUGGUCAGGUGCUGGAGGUCAUUGGCUCCAAAGCGGUUGUCCAGGUAUUUGAAGGCACGUCAGGUAUUGAUGCUAAGAAGACCGCAUGCGAGUUCACUGGCGAUAUCUUGCGCACACCCGUCUCUGAGGACAUGCUUGGACGUGUGUUUAACGGCUCUGGUAAACCCAUUGACCGGGGCCCUGUUGUGCUUGCUGAGGACUACUUAGACAUCAUGGGUCAGCCCAUCAACCCUCAAUGUCGUAUCUACCCUGAGGAGAUGAUCCAGACUGGCAUCUCUGCCAUCGACGGCAUGAACAGCAUCGCCCGUGGACAGAAGAUCCCUAUUUUUAGCGCUGCUGGUUUACCCCAUAAUGAAAUUGCUGCUCAGAUCUGUCGUCAGGCAGGUUUGGUGCAGAAAUCAAAAGAUGUGAUGGACUACAGUGCAGAUAACUUUGCCAUCGUCUUUGCUGCUAUGGGGGUCAACAUGGAAACUGCACGCUUCUUUAAGUCAGAUUUUGAAGAGAAUGGAUCAAUGGACAAUGUUUGCUUAUUCCUGAAUCUGGCUAACGAUCCUACCAUUGAACGCAUCAUCACCCCACGUCUGGCUCUGACCACAGCAGAGUAUUUGGCCUAUCAGUGUGAGAAACACGUGCUGGUCAUCCUCACGGACAUGAGCUCUUAUGCAGAGGCUUUGAGAGAGGUGUCUGCUGCCCGUGAAGAGGUGCCAGGUCGUCGUGGUUUCCCAGGUUACAUGUACACCGAUCUUGCUACAAUCUAUGAAAGAGCUGGAAGAGUGGAGGGCAGAAAUGGAUCAAUUACCCAGAUACCCAUUCUGACCAUGCCUAAUGAUGAUAUCACUCACCCAAUCCCUGAUCUUACGGGGUACAUCACAGAGGGGCAGGUGUAUGUAGACAGACAACUGCAUAACAGACAGAUCUAUCCCCCAAUCAACGUGCUGCCUUCUCUCUCUCGUUUGAUGAAAUCUGCUAUUGGGGAGGGCAUGACUCGUAAAGAUCACGCAGAUGUCUCUAACCAGCUGUAUGCUUGUUAUGCCAUUGGUAAAGAUGUUCAAGCCAUGAAGGCUGUGGUGGGUGAGGAAGCUUUGACCUCUGAUGAUCUGCUGUACUUGGAGUUCCUGCAGAAGUUUGAGAGAAACUUCAUUGCUCAAGGUCCCUAUGAUAACAGAACUGUGUAUGAGACACUGGACAUCGGUUGGCAGCUACUCCGAAUCUUCCCCAAAGAAAUGCUGAAGAGAAUUCCUCAAAGCACGAUAGCCGAGUUUUAUCCGAGAGAGUCCGCUGCACGCCAUGGCGCCUCCUAAGACCUCGGGAGUCACACGACCUCUCUGUCACAAAACACCUCAUCUCUGACCCCUGUCCCAGCCCUAUCGUAAUGAUGUUUAGAUUAUUGGGGUGUAACACUGGGUUACAACAGAUUUAUGAAGCACACAUACAUAUAAUGGUUUUAUAAACAUAAAUACUGCUUCGAUUAGUGUGUUAUUAAACCCAUGUGUUAUGACCCCAUGAGAUUAUUUCAGAGUCCCGUUGUUGUGUUAUACAUGUUUGUGUGUGUUAAAUUGUAUGAUCAUUGUAUUUUAUGUUUGCUGUUGUUUUGGUUAACCGUUUUGUUUCUGAUUUACAAACUCUUUAGAUCCUGUUUGUUAAUUCACUGUCCCCAGUCUAAAGAGGAUGUUUAGCUCAAAGGGAAAUAUUCAGGGCUUAUUCGCACGGUGGUGCGACCCAUUUCAUCUGUUUAUCACUGAACUAAGCACACACAUUUUACCAUCUCCCUAAACAUUCCAGUCAAAUUGAGAAUACGUGAUUGAGCUCAAAAUGAAUAAUUUACUAGCCAUCCCUUGAAAUAUUUGAUUUUAUUUAUUUUAAUGUACGAAACGCACUCAAAUGAAAGGCUGAAGACCAAACUUCGUCUAUGCUGACAGACAGGUAAUUGUAGAUGGUGAAUGAUCAUAUAGUGUGUGGUUAUCACUGACAGCUGUUAUUUCCCUUUAGAAAAAGAUGGAUGAUGUUUAACGGCAUCUGUGCUGUAAUAUUAGAAUAAUUUCACAUUCCCUUGUGUUGUUCUGUAUGCAUAAACAUGUUUCACCUGUGUUGAUUGCUGUUAAGCUUGUCAAAUUUCUCAGAUGAAAUAAAUUAUAUUAUUAUCGUGA